AUGUCGCCCUAUAAAAAAAAUCAGACUCCUGGCAAAAAUCGUAAGCCUGCUGACAAUGACGAAAAUGGAACUGCUUGGUUGAGUCGACCUGACAAACUGUUUAAGUCAAACCAGCCAAGCACUGUAAAUUCAUCGAGUUCAAAAUCCAAAGACACCAAUAAUAUCAAUGAUAGUCAUCAAGUUGAUCAUUCUACCAAUGGAAGUAAUAAUUUGAAUGUGGGAAAACGUGAAACUAAAAAACAUGAUAACAAGCAGUACUUGGCACUGAUUGAGAAGGUUGUGAAAAAUUUCCAGGGUGAAAACGACACGUUUGUGGAUGUUAUGAAGAAUAUUUUAGAUGUUACUGAUUCAAAAGAUGUGAAGACUAAGUUAAUGAAAUACGAUUUCAUCAACACUCUCUUAGUGAAUUUGUCAGAAUCCAGCUUCGAGGAAAUAGCUGCCAUAAAGGAAAAAGUUGCAGCAAUUUUGGUACCUGUGCAUAUGAAACAUUUAUAUGUUGAAGAUUCAUCCAUGCAGGUUCUACACCCAUUAGGUGCAGGGGCUUCUGGAAUAGUUUACCUAGGAUUCCUUGAAAAACCCAAACGUAAAAUCGUAGCUGUGAAGAAAUCCAUAAACAGAUUUUACGAUAAAAUGAUUGAAAAUGAGGCAUGGGUUAUGUCUCAAUUACAACAUGAAAAUAUUGUCCAGAUACUUGCUAUCAAAAGAAACAUGCCAGAAAUAGCAAUAGAGCUGAUGGAAUUUGGAAAUUUUGUAGAUGCAGCAGAGAAAAUAAAAUUUUCGAAGGAGAACCUCGUUCAGAUUUUCAAAGAUAUCGCCUCAGGCAUGGAAUAUAUCCACAGUAAAGACUUUCUUCACAGAGAUUUGGCUGCCAGGAACGUAUUCAUCAAUGGAAAAAAGAGAUGUAAAAUAGGGGAUUUUGGCACUGGUGUCUAUGUUGGAAAUACGAAAGGGGUAUUUCACGAAAAGACAUAUACUCCUGGCGGAGCCAACAUAUCACCAGAAACAUUGAUGACACAGUUGUUCACUGAGAAAACUGAUGUUUGGGCUAUGGGGGUACUAAUUUUGGAUGCUUUUCUUAUAUCAUCUGAGGAAUGCAGACUAAAGUUUUCCAUGAGAGGCCUAUUCAUGCAAACUCUUCAAAGUGCUGAGGGGUGCUUUGAUAAACCUGGCCCCUGUCCUGCGACUAUUUUCUUAUACUGCAAAGAGCAUUUGUUGAACUUAAAUGCCAAUAACCGUCCAAAUUUCACUGCUAUAAAAGGAACACUGCAGGAGAUAUUGGAUCAAAAAAAGUAUUAA